UACACACGCGCCCGUGUUACAAACAUGUUUUAAGUGCUAAGUUAUUAACUUAAAUAUGUCGAAGUAUCACUUGCUGUUAGCUAUCUUCAUGGCACUCUGUCUUAUCGGCGUGUCAUCACUGCCGAGUCCAACAACAGAGGAUGAUGACGACGAUGACGACACGACGCCGCAGAGCCGCGCUGACGCCGACGAUGAUGGCCGUGUCUACAAGAACCCGCGUAACUCACCUUCCGCUGACUGCCCUCGUGAUGAAGAACAGGCUACCUUACUUGGUCAGAAAUGUCUACGCAAGUGUUCGUCCGACGAAGACUGUAAAAGCAAGAAGAAGAAAUGCCUCUGCGAUGGAGCUUGUGGGAUGUCUUGUAUCAAACCAGAUCGAGAAUGCCCUGAACUGGAACAACCUGAAAUAGGAAAGGUGGUCGUGUCUGGACGUCUCUUUGGAAACAAGGCUACAUACUCCUGCCCUCACGGCUAUCACGUGGUGGGUCUGCAGAGCCGCAGCUGUCAAGCGGACGGCAAGUGGGCCGGACAACCCCCAGCCUGCAAAGAAAACACUCGUUCCUGCGGUGAACCAGGCGAUGUACCUCAUGGAUGGGUGACCGCGGACUGCCAUACCUUCGGUUGCCGCGCUGUGGUGCAGUGCGGGCAGGGCUUCGAGCUGGUCGGCAAGGCGGAGCGCUACUGCCAGGCUGACGGUGCCUGGGCACCUAAAGAAUUACCCACUUGUGUCCUGGUCACGCAGGUGCAAUGCCCGCCGCCAGAGGCGCCUCGACACGGCAAAGCUGUAUACACAUCGUGCGCGUACAACUCUGUGGUGUCGUAUGAAUGCAAAUACGGCUAUAGGCUGGUCGGAGACGCGACAAGACGCUGUGGAGCUGAUAAGAAGUGGUCUGGAGCUCAGCCAAUGUGUAAAGAAAUCAACUGCGGUCAUCCCGGUCUGCUCUGGAACGGUUGGCUGGAGAAUAUAUCAUCCGGGACUGGAUUAGGAGCAUCCAUCAUAUUUAGAUGUCAAGAUGGUAUGAGGAUGGAGGGAAAUGGUUCAGCUAUUUGCCAAAGUGAUGGAACAUGGAGCCAUCCCUUACCUAAAUGCCUAGCUCCCUGCGUCGUUCCUCAUGUAUCUCAAGGCAGAGUGGUGCGAUUAGAGAACAGAACAGAAGAUAACACAACACAGGAGGUCACGCAGAUUGUCGGUAGUUCUACAAUGGUGCAACACGGUGAAGUAAUUUUAGUGGAUUGUGAACAGAAUUAUGAGUUUCCGUCUAAUAAUGUAGCGGUAAAUUGUAACAAUGGAACAUGGACACAGAUACCGAGAUGUCAGCCUGCAAGAUGUAAGAAGAUGCCGAAAUUUCCAAGGAAUGGGAUGGUGAUAGCUCCGAAAACUGAGCACGGAAUGAAAGCGAGAUUUCGAUGUAAAGACGGCUUUGAGCUGAAAGGGAAUCCUAUAGUUGUUUGUUCUUUUGGCAAUUGGAGCGGAGAGACUCCGAAGUGCGAGGAAGUGUUUUGUCCAUUCCCUGGAUACAUAGAAAAUGGGAAAGUGUUUUUAGUAGGCAACAUGGGGUUAUACGAUUAUAGACCUUAUGUUAAGAAGGUGGUGAACAAUAAGCAGAUUAUGUACGAAUGUGAGAAAGGUUACGUUUUAUCUGAAGGCCCGCCGGGCGCGACUUGCAUCGGUGGUCACUGGAGUCCUAGGGAAUUACCAAAAUGUACCCUGUACCAACAUCCACGCAUCCGAUGGAGUCGCCGAAGACGAUCUAUAACAGAGCCAGAAAUACGUCACAGAAGGUCUACUUACCUUCGACAGUAUUACAACAAUCUCCGCCGUCAAACUGACCCUAACCAAGAGUACCUCAACCAGUUAUAUGAGAAAUAUAACCAUGGUACACAAAAACCGACCUUAAGACACGCCAACUUCAAACUGAUGAAGAAAUUCGAUCUUAAUGUAGAAGAGGAAGAUGAAAUGGUCGGAUCUGAUGUUGAAACUGAUGAAGAAAAUUUCCCAACAGCUGUAUACACAGUUUACAACGUACACGGUGAACCAAUCGGUCACAGAUUGUAUUCUUACCAACCUGUUUACGAACCUGAAGAAGAGGAGGUUGUCCAUCACGAGGAUGUAUCAGAAUAUGAAGAUUCCGGUGAAUUCGAUGAUGAAUCAUCACAUAUUACAAUCCUUAAAGGAGGAUUAUUCCCUGAUCACGAAUUAGCCACAAAAGAUGACAUGGCAAGUGGUAUAAACGCACUAAAACAUCAAUAUUUCGAUAGAUAUGUCGAUAAACGACAUAAAAGAUUUUCAAAUCAAAAUAAUACGGAUGAAAUUAAGAAAGAAUUGGAUAUUGAUUUACAGAGUGCUGAAACUAAAUUACAAACGACUACAAAAACGAAAACUGAAAGAAGAAAACGCGCUAUUAAUAUAGAAGAAUCUGAAAGAGAAAUAUUCACUAUUAGUCCGAUAGCUGAAACAUCAGGAGUAUUCCAUGAAGUAACGGAUAUUUUAAAAGUAAUUCCACUCAAACAUAAAAAUGAUACAUCAAAUGAAAUUGAUAAGAAAAUGUCAGUAAUUCCUCUACAAAACAAUAGAACGAAUUCAACUGAUGUUACAAAUAUAUUUGAAAAACGUAAUAAAAGAACUAGCAGAAAAACAGACAGACUUAACCAAACUACAGCAAGUGUUCCUAAAACAGGCAGAGAAGGUAAAGGUGGUAGAACAAGAACUCAAUCUGAGAAUCUAACUGAAGGUUCUAGUUUAGAUAUAAAUGGAACUGAAGGUGGUAAUAAAACUGAGAAUGGUGAAAAGGGUAAAAAAGGACGACCUAAAAGUCCAUGUGAAGCGAUAGAAAGUGAACCAUAUGUGAAUAUAGAAAUUGUAAAAUAUGGUCGAGAUCCAAAUAACACAUUUAGUUCGGGGACCAUAGUUCGUGUUGCUUGCGGUAAAGGAUACGGUCUGAACUUAGAUACGAACGCGACCGCAAAAUGUGUUAGAGGAAGAUGGAAGCCAGAUAAACCUAAAUGUGAAAUCCUUCCAUGUCACGUGCCAACAACAGAAUACGGCAUUUACACAAUGGCUCCUGAGAACGGUCAAGGACAGUUAAAUCUUGGACUGAAUCAUGGUGAAGACAAAGAAUUGAAUGAAACAGACCCAGUUCCUAACGGACAAGUAGUGCAUUUCUCUUGUGAAUAUGGAUAUAACGUUCAGGGCCCAACCAAUCUUAGAUGCUGGCUGGGGGAAUGGGCUGUGACCAGUAUGCCUGAAUGUGUCGCUGCCCCAGCCACUCUCAACUGCCAUUUAGGUCGAUUGCAGCCGACUGUUCAUGAUUUUUGUAGACCUCUAGGUUCGUAUUCGCUAUUCGCAGCGAAUCUGACUCGACCGAGACCGACUUCAGAAUACCAAAGCGGAUCGGAUAUAGUACGAGAGGAUAUAUCCGAACUGGAACCCGAUCUACACGGGAAACCUGUGUUGGAAUGCGGACCUCCGGCUAGGGUGCAAGGUACACUUGUAUACCGGGAUGGGACAGAAGUUGAUGGCUCUUUAGGUAUGGAAGGAUACCCGCAUGGCACUGAAAUAACAUUUAGAUGUAUUGCUUCUAUCAUGGGUGAGAAGACCACUUGGAAGCUGAUCUGUGAACACGGAGUUUGGGUCGGGAAGAGCUUUAACUGUGAAGAAUUAGAAGCACAAAGUGAGGAGUUACUAAGUAACAACAGCUGUACGUUCAGGAACGAGGAGCCUCACGUCGUGUCCUUCUUUAAUGAUCUAGAAAUCACAGAGACCGUUGAUUUCCCACCUGGAUCUAUCAUCAUUUCCAGAUGUAGCGAUAUUGGAAAAUAUGCAAUGACAGGUUCCCAAACAAGGAAGUGUAUCGGAGGAUCUUGGGACGGAGUGAAACCGACUUGCUUUGGAUUGAACCAAGAAAAUGACUACACGGUGUGUCUGCCGGCCGCUGACUGGUCGAAGCCCUUCCCUAUUUGUAAAGAGGUGUCGUGCCCCGCGCUGCCGCCGCCCGCGGCGGGCUACGUGCUGGGCCGCGCGCCGUACCGCGCCGGCGACGUGCUGCAGUUCCACUGCAACCCGGAGCACACGCUGCACGGCAGACCUAUCCUGGUGUGCCAGGACAGCGGCCGGUGGAGCGACAAGCCGCCCACUUGUGCGCAAGCGUGCACAUACCCCGGCACGACAAUAUCAGGUCGAAUGUCGUCCGUCAAGUUCUACUACAAGAUAGGGGAGACUGUCUCCUUCACGUGCGAGCCUGGUUACCGGAUUAAAGGAGCUCCGAUGCUGCGAUGUCUCAAGAAUAGGAAAUGGUCGAACGCGAUACCAUUAUGCACGCCGAUUACGAACUACACUUCAUCGGAAUCCGUAUUAUUGAACGGUGAUAUCGACGCCAUGUUGUCAGACGCCAGUUUAGUCCCCGACAUCUUGCGGACGCGAGAAACCCCCGCCAUUUUGACACCGCAGAGUCUAAAAGCCGCCAUGACACGAGUCGCAGCAACCAGGUUACUUCGCAGAGCAUCGAUUGAGACGUACAAAAAUAGAAUUUCUAAAGUAAAUAGAUUAUUGCGAAGAGAUUCUGAAAGAUAAUUUUUAAUAGAAGUGAUUUUUAAAACAAGAUGGCGUCUUUUUGUCGUACAGA